AGUCCGAGCGGGCAAUUAAAAACGCAUGCAGGCCAAUUUCCGGAGGACUGAGAUUGCGACGAACAACCAGGAAGCGGCCCGGCUGGGAGCUGUCCCCGGUUCUCCGCUCUGCUGUCGAGGCCGCCUCCGGGGUCCUUACACCGUGUUCCUCUGUCCCGCGUGGCCUCUGCCACGACCUGGGCCUCGGCCCGGGCCGAUCACUCCGGAGCCGCCAUGUCAUCCGAUUUCGAAGGCUACGAGCAGGACUUCGCGGUGCUCACGGCAGAGAUCACCAGCAAGAUUGCGAGGGUCCCUCGACUCCCUCCUGAUGAGAAGAAGCAGAUGGUUGGCCACGUGGAGAAACAGCUCGAAGAAGCGAAAGAAUUGCUUGAACAGAUGGAUCUGGAAGUCCGAGAGAUCCCACCCCAAAGUCGAGGAAUGUACAGCAACAGGAUGCGAAGCUACAAGCAAGAAAUGGGCAAACUUGAAACAGAUUUUAAAAGGUCACGGAUCGCCUACAGUGACGAAGUACGGAAUGAGCUCCUAGGGGAUGAUGGGAAUUCCUCAGAGAACCAGUUGAUAAAAUUACGUGAAGAGAGGGCACAUCUGCUCGAUAACACAGAGAGGCUGGAAAGGUCAUCUCGGAGACUAGAGGCUGGAUACCAAAUAGCAGUGGAAACCGAGCAAAUUGGCCAGGAGAUGUUGGAAAACCUCAGUCACGACAGAGAAAAGAUACAGCGAGCACGUGAACGACUUCGAGAAACAGAUGCUAACUUGGGGAAAAGCUCCAGGGUCCUGACGGGGAUGUUGCGAAGGUAAGAGCAAGAAUCAUCCAGAACCGCAUCCUGGUCGUCGUCUUGGCCAUCAUCCUCGUUGUCACCAUCCUGAUGGCGAUCACUUUCUCUGUCAGAAGACGCUGAUGGAUCUGCUCUUCCCUGAUAAACAGCAACAACGGCUUGUUCUGAGUAAUUAAGACAAAAUGGUCACAUGAAUCAUUCUUUUGCGCCGACAGGCCCUGAACGACCCUCCCUCUUUUCACCACUGUUCGGCUGAAGCGCAGAGUGUAAAAAUAUUUUCUAUUCCUGCUUGUGUGUGGGUCGGUUUCCUUUUCUAGGUUUGUCUUCACCCAGAUUUGUUUUUUGUAGGAGAAGGUGAAUGUUUAUUUGCCUUUCGGUAAUUUCAUCUACUAACCAAAAUAGCUUUGGUGACUUUCUUCCUUGCCCCGUGGACGUGUCAGGGGUCAUGGUUUGGGAUAGGGCACGAUGAGUCAGUCGUGGGGCAUCUGAUGGGCUGUGCUGUUUGUCACACAUCUCUUGUCUCCAAAUUGCCCUUCUGUGAUGUCCAAGGAUAAAAAUGCAGAGAAAAACAGAGGCCACAGCCAGUGACCCACUCCAGCAAACCGGCCCUGUUCCUACCCAGGCAUAAUGAAUAUAGUCUACCUGCCUGAGUGCUUUCAUUGUAAAGGUGGAUAUUUAAUGUCACUUGUGCAGGAAAUUGACUUAGCACUUUCUCUGUUUUUCUAUGCAUAUAGAUAUAUAUAUAUAUAUAUACACUUUUCUUUUUUUUUUUUUUACAGCCAAGAAUAUUUUUGCUGAGUCUGCCCAAGAUCCACUUUUCAUAACUUUGCUUACUGGCUACAUGAAAUAUUUCUUUACCUUCCCCCAAAUCCCACAGUCCCUAGAAUUUGCUGGCAAAGUAAGCCUUGGCACGAUAUUUAAUUGUGACCCCCUCUCCCCUGACCUGUGUAAGCAUCUCUGUAUCCUUUCGGUUUUAAUAUCUGCACUGCCAAAAGCAGCCCUCAUACAUGCAAAAGGUCUGACAAGGUUCCCUCCACAUCCAUUCCAGUAUGUAAAGAGAACAUGAAUAUUUCAGGAAGAGCAAGAACAUGAGUCCGUCAGUGUGAAAUUUCAAAUGUGAUUAUAAAUAUGGCAUAGAGUCCUAUAGGAUGAUUCACUAGAAAUAAACUUUAUGGAAAAUGUUCACUAACCUCCUUCAAAAGAAUAGGGGGGUUGCAGCGUGUUACAAAGGACGGCUUGGAUUUUCUACAAAAAAAUGUUAGCACAGCCUUCCUGAGUUCACUGUGUAUUCAAACCUCUGACAUGCUUUGUGAUUGUUUUUGGUUUCUUUCUGUCCGAGGUAACCGGGAAUUGCGUUCAAAAUGAGUUCAUUUAUGAUCGGGCUUCAAGUUGCCCAAGCUGAGGUCAUUUUCCCCCUAGUCAUAAAGCAAAAUGUGUUUUUCUUAAGACUUCAUUGGCAUUUACAAGGUCCGUACUAUCUUUUUGAAUGUAAUUGGAAGCUUUGAAUCCUUGAAAAAGCAGACCUGUUCUCUUCAUAAAAAAUGCUAACCACCUGGGCCCAGAGAUUGAGAUCACCUGGAUGGGGCACUUUAUUUUAUAUUUUGCCCCAACUCCGAGAAGAACCUUUAUGGUUUAGAGAGGAAAUGCAGAAUGGCAAAAUCCACCGGAGAGAUCGUACUUAGCAAAACAGGCCAGGGCCUGCGUGUGUCCAGAUAAAUCAUUUAGUAUUGUGUAAAUAAAGCUGCAGCCUUUACUUUGCAGGGAUCGUAUGGGAUUUGGGCAGGGGGAAGUAGGACGGUGAAGGAGUGGGAAGGCAGUGCUAAUUUUCCUAUCAGCUUAAAGGAUCCAUCUCAGCAAGGUUCUUUUAUUCCGAUAACGGAUUUUGUACAUGCUGAACACAUUGAAGAAACCAUUAAAAAGCAGGGGAACAAACAAACAACCUCCUUCCCGUUCCAAAACACUAAUGGUGGGGAAGUAUUACACCGACCUCUCCGGUGGCUUCUUUGGAAACUGUUGAUCUCAGCUAAAGCGGGUAACCAGUUAUCCAGCUAUAUACGCCUCACGCCUCUUCCCAAGGCCACCCAGCAAGCCAGGUUGGUCUGAUCAUCUAAACCCGCUGGCUCCUCAAUAUUUCACUAACGCCUUGCGUUCAUGUUGAAGUAGAUGAAGUGGAGGGCGGGGGCCAGGGGCACUGCUUGCCUCUCAAUGGCUUUUCCUUUCCAGUUCUACCUCUUUAUCAGCUCUUGCCUGAGAUUUUGCCCCGGUUCAACCUUGAGAGUGAGAGAAUCUGACCAGAUGACCCUUGGCCUACCAGCCCCAUCAAACCCACCUUGAGAGCGGCCCCCGAGACCCGGGGAGUGAGCGCUCUGUGGGAGGCUGGUCUGAAGUCCCGACAAUUCCCGCCUGGCCCUCCGGCUGCUGCAGGAGAAAUUCGAGACCGGAGACACGGUUUUCUCCCCACUCCCCUGCUCCACUGGGGAAGGGAGAAAGCCCACAAAUUCGAAGCAGGUCCUAGAUCUGUGAACGGCUCUGGGAACUUCCUAUGUCGACUUUGCGGACCAGUUCUCCAGUUGAGAGCCUGUGCUGAAAAAAUGAGGUUCAGUGGGAAGGUGGGGUGGGGGGUGAAGACGAAGAAACACCGAGGAGGAAGAGGAGAAGGAGGCCCUGGCCAUAUAAAAUUCAUGCAGACUAAACAGUUUCCCUGACCGAAUAAAGUAAAGCGGAUGCUACCCUGCUCCGGAAUCAAAAGCAAUUUAAUUAAAGUCUCUUAAGUUGUAAAGAGUUUUAAAUGUUCCGUGUUGAAGGCGAAUGCCUGCAUAUGCGAUGGGCCUGACGUCAGCCGCCAGGCCUGGGCUGGGAGGCCAUUUGCUAUUCUGUUUAAGGCAGGCUGGAUUGUCUUAUUUUGGAACCAGCUUGGUGGGGGGUUUGCUUUGCUACUGCUUCUGAGCCCUGAGCUUCAAAGGCUGAAAUUAAUGGUGAACAAAAUUGUGCAGCUCUGACCGUCCCAUGCGGGGCAAGCCCAUUGAGGGUUAUCAUUAAGUAAAGAAAUAAAGAGGGGGAAAAAAGCCUGCCUGUUCCAAAAACCUCAUCAGAUAAUGACCUCAGUGAUUGGAUUUUCAUUACCAAACAGCAUCCAGAGAUUAUCUACCCCAUAGAAGAAGGGGGGGGGGGGGGUUGGAAAGAAAGAAAGCAACUGUCUUUCUCUCCUUCUCUUUCUCCUUUUUUUUUUUUUUUGCACAUCUUUUCUUUAAAACUGUCAGAUCAUUUCAGUAUUUCAAAUCCGAGGAAAACAGCCUGCCUGCUGCUGUAUUUGAAGUUCUAAUGGUGUCAAAAAGUCACGACUGACUGACAGCCGUCAGUCCCAGAGGGGCUCAUUAAAUCAUAAAAACUUGACAAGGAAAUAAUUGCGCAUCGCCAGCAACUUGGCGCCUGUUUAGACGUUUUUAUUUUCUUUCAUUAUUAGUCCCCACCAUUACGUUCAUUAACAAAUUGCAUUAAACAACUGUUAAGGGCUAAUGAUUUGUUUAUCGCUUUUUAUUAUUAUUAUUAUUUAAACAUUAGCUGUGUCAUGUGGUACCCUAGCAGCCUCUUGCCAUCGUCUGACUGAAUAUUUUUCCACUCCGAGCUCUGGGUACUGUUGGAAUAUGAAAUAGAUUAUUCAUUACUCUCCUCUUUGCCACUGAUUUGAUUUCAUGUAGCGUCUUCCACAGAGAAAGAUGAAAACUUGUCAAAAAUAGGUUAUAUCUUAUUCGAAGGGGCAACAAUAGCAGCAGGUACAGGCACACUUUAAUAUUUAAUUAAGGUUGAUGUUAACCCCUUUAAAUGACUUUAGCUGUAAGUUCUAUUCAAAUGCAGAAGAGAAAAAUAAUUGUUCUUAAUUUGCAACCUGUUCAGCAAGCAUUCUUCCUGGAGUUAGCUGGAAAUUUAGAGCCGAAUUUUUAAAUAAUGAAAUUUCCCGUCAUAAAUAUUUAUAGCCGUUUGUCUACGUAGUUGAGAAUUAACUACAAGCAAUGAUUUCCUCGUCUCUCUGGUUUGAACUGCUAGCCUAGCAGGGCACCUGGCGCUUGGGAGAAAUGGCUUUCCUGGGAGAAAUGCACAUCCAGAGCCAAGGACUGUUGGUUGGUUGUGGCUGGGGCUGGUUUCAGAGGAACCUCUGUGAGUCCCUUGUUUCUGGUCCACUUGUCUCCUCCGCUAGCUGAGUGUGUGGUUGGAGGACUGUGGUCUGGAGAGUAAGUAGGGCUUUCUUAAAGGAGCACUUGUGUGUCCAGUCGGCUGGUGUGGGGAGGGUGUGAUGGGGUGUCCGGGGCGUCUCUGUGUAGUCAAUGAGCUCAUUGCUUUCCUAGUAGACAAUAGGAGCCAUGCUUUGCUGGGAUUGACCUUCCGUCUUUUUUCCUUCCUGGGACUUGCCACCGGUGAGAUCAUCAGCUUUUCCGUGGGCUCUGAGCUGGAGGGGAAAGGUGCCAUCUUCAUCCCGAGUCUGAAGUCCGUGGCAUUCUCCGUGCCACAACUGCCGGCUGCCUUUGGUCACCCUGUUUGAUUCGAUAAGUUUCACAUACGCAGGGAAGCGCUCUCAGAGGCCUGGUUCAUUGGUAUGUCGGGGCUGGGGUGUGCUGGUCAAUAUCAAGGAACAAGGAGUACUUUCCUGCCGGCUUGUUUUCCUCCCACCCACGCAUCCUCAGAAAGACAGACUCCUUGGGCAGCUGCUCCAUGGAUGUGAAGGGGAGAGACGGCACAUGUCCCUCGCUCAGCCACCACCUCUCAGCAUCACCCACCAAAGGACAGACAAUCCAGUAGGAGCCGCGGCAUGGGAGGGGCUCAUCCAGCAGGCAUGAGCCACGUGAGGCCAGCCCUAAGCCUCAUAGAUCACCGUGGGCAUAGAAACAGCAGACACACCAGGGCCUGGGGCGGUCUCGAGCUUCCAUUUCAAUCUGUUCCAAAUUAGCCACAUGACAACUCGCCACCUUCAGAACGGACUCCACACCUCAGCAAAAGACACGCUCAAAGUCGUUUUUCCAAAAGGAAGGAAGGCUUUGUGGUAAGCCAUCCCUAGUCUGACUCCCAAAGACACUGGUUGCCUGAGAUGAGAUGCCAGCCCUCAAACUUGACUUCGUCCUCUGCUAUAAUUCAUCACCUUAAA